AUGUCGGAUUUCGUUCGCACUGCUUACUCUCGUGUUGGUCGAGAGAAACAGCUAUAUUCUCCCGAGACUGGUGCUCGAAUGGUGGCUGGAAGUGUUGCACUUAAUAGCGACAAGACCAAAGUGAUCAUGGUACAGUCUUCGGUCAGUAAACGUAAUUGGGUUCUACCAAAAGGUGGCAUAGAAGUGGAUGAACCUGAUUUUGAGCAUACAGCUAGACGAGAAACUUGGGAAGAAGCUGGCGUUGUGGGUGACAUUGUGAAGUACCUAGGCGUUAUUAAAGACUCUAGACCAAACAGUGGUACGCAUAAACCUUCUGAAUUUCACUUCUACGAAAUGAAUGUUACAGAGCUUGCUCCCGAAUACCCAGAGAAGGAAAAACGGGCUCGUGGUUGGUUUUCUUAUGAGGCAGCAUACCGAGAACUAGAACUGGCAAACCGUCCAGAGCUUAUUGAAGCCCUUAAGCGAUCUGGAAUAGUUAAAUGCAGCUAA